AAACAGAGACCUCAUAAUAUAUAUAUAUCUAAUAAGUUUUUACAACCUGUGUUUCUCGGACGAAGUCCUCAAUACCUAUUACUAAUUAGGAAAUCCAAAUAUUUAUUUUUUUCCACAUAUUUAUAAAUUACAUAUUUGUGAGAUUGUGUCGGUGAAUUUGGAUUUUCUGAUUAAUAUUAUUAUUAUUUAUUUUAUUUCAUUUUUAAAUAAAAUUGGGUCGGAAGAAAUAAUCAACGUGGAGGCUAACCCAGAUGACAAACAUAGUGGCCAAGUAGCAUGAGAGAUUUUUUACUUGCUUAUGAAGAUUCAACCACUGCCCACUAUUUCUUAGACCCAAAUUCGAACUGGGUCGGUCUCAGAAUCAAGAAAUAUUAACCAAGAGAAACGAGACAACAAAGUAUUAAAGGAAGAAUCUUGAGGUGGAGCCGGAGAUGGAGACAGCUGGACCGCCGCCGAGAGAAACCACACGGAAAAGAACUGCAGCCGGAGGCGGCGGAGGUGGUGGUGGCGGCGGAGGAGGAGGAGUAGGAGAGAGGCAGUACAAGGGUAUAAGGAUGAGAAAGUGGGGGAAGUGGGUCGCUGAGAUUAGAGAACCCAACAAACGUUCGAGGAUUUGGUUAGGUUCUUACUCAACCGCUGUGGCGGCGGCUCGAGCUUACGAUACGGCUGUUUUUUACCUAAGAGGACCAUCGGCUCGGCUUAAUUUUCCUGAGCUAGCUCAAGAAAGCGGUGGAUGCGGCUGCGUGGCCGCCGCCGACAUGUCGGCGGCUUCAAUUAGAAAGAUGGCGACUGAGGUCGGCGCCAGAGUGGACGCGCACCAAGCCGCUUUACGCCAUCAUCAUCAUCAUAAUCAUAUUCACCAUCUUCACCACAAUCACAACCAUAGCCAGUCGGAUUCAGGGGAAGGCGCCGUCGAGGAGGAGAUAAAACCUGGAACCGGGUUAUUGAACCGACCCGACUUGAAUAAAACGCCCGAACCGGAGAACUCGGACGGUGAGUUGGAGUGGGAUAGGAACUCGGAUUAGGGAAAAAGAAAAAAGAAUUUUAAAAAAAAAAAAGAGCAGCCUUUUUUUUUGGUUUUGCUAACGUGCGCCGAAUGAGGUUAUGUUUUUUUGACGGCUGAAGAAAUGAUGACGCCUUCUCCACUUUCAUUAAUUGAAGUUGUAGUUUUUCCCACUUCCACUCCCACUCUGCUAUCUUUUUCUUUACUUUCCUCUUUAGUUUUUCUUUUUUUGGUUGAAUUUUUUAGUCUUGUAAUUUGUAUGUCGACCAAGAAAUUUUGGCCUUUGUAAAAAGUGAUUAAGCAAAAAAAAAAAUGUAAAUUAGCUUUAGCAGAAUCAAGUAUAUUUUCCACCUUUCUUA